AUGACAGACAUUGCCAAUUUCAAAGACCCCAUACUAUCCCUAGUCAGGGAUCCCAAUUUGAACAAAGACGAGACCAAAUCAAGCCAGAUUGUAAAUCUCAUACACGAAAUUUCCGAACGUCGAUUAAACAAGUUGUGUUCAACAACGUAUAUAAUCUUGCAAACAUUGGACAAGAUUCAACUCAAGUUCAAAAGUUGGGAAUUUUUAUCACUAGAUUAUAAUUCCAACACUCAUUUUGCCAAUGUUGAUGAUAAAAUCAAGAUUUUCAAUACUGGCGUUGCUGAUAAGGUGAUGCAAGCGUGCAGUGAGUUGAAUUACAAGAUUGUCAAGAUUGCUGCUGAUAUUGAUUUGGUUAGUAAGUCAUCGAGGACGUUAUCGGUGCUGGAUUUGAUCUCUGACGAAGGAACGAUGUUGACGUCGUUGUUGUUGCGAGUUAUUAAAUUAAAAGAUGAGAUUGUUGAGCAAUUGUCGAUUUCGUACUCAAAAGCGAAAUUGAUUUUGAUUGGACGAGAUUUGGAGUUGAUGCAUUACGAUGAUAGAAGUAGUGAUAGCGAUAGCGAUAGCGAUAGUGAAGACGAUGGUGAUGAUGACACUGUGAGCUAUUACAAGACGUUUAUUGUUACCUUGUUGAAACAAUUGAAUGACGCGAUCUUGGCUAAUGACUUUGACUCCAAAUACGAAUGUCUUGCCGUGAUUAAUGAUUUGGAAAAGAUGUUUGAAAAGUAUAAGAUGGAAAAGAUGAUCGAUAGGAGGAUUAAAGAACAUGACAAAGAGCUAGAACAGCAACUACAGCACCAGCUGCACCAGCAUCAACAGCAGCGACACCACCAAAACCAUCAACAGCAUACCCCACAGCAGUAUCACCCCACUGAAUCAACUCCCAAAUCGGAUUUGCAAUUUGGCUUUGAUGAAGAUUCCUCUUCUACAUCGGGUAAAGAUUCUCAUGGACUUGAAGAUACAUUCUCCGAAUAUUCCAUGACUUCAUCCACGGCAUUCCAAGGACAUUUGCCAAUGGUUAGAUCAAUUACCCAAUUAAAAUCAGCAAGAGGUGGCGCAGGAGCAACUGGAGCAACUGGAGCAACUGGAGCAUCACAAAGAGACAGUAGAAGCUUUUACGAUUAUGAAUUGAGCAGUAGUAAUGGCAUGUACAAGUCAUCCAUUACUGAAGAAUUACCAUACUUGAGAACUGCAUUCGAUUCAGCCAAGAACUUUGAAAAUGAUGUUAGUCAUUAUAAGCAAGAAGUUGGCAUGGAUGAUGAGGACGAUGGAUCGGAAAAGGAGAACUUGGGAACUCGAUCGAGAAGAACACGUCGUAAGAAAAGACGCCAACGGAAACAAAGACAAGGGCAAGUGGAAGAAGAAGAAGAAGAAGAUGGAGAAGGGGAAGGUGAGGAACCAGGGUUACAUCUGAAUAAGCAGCCUUUUUUCCACAAGAUUAAUAAUCUACCGCAAUCGACACUUUAUACCGAAAGUAAAAUACUUCAACCACAAUCACAAAAGACUACAACUAGUAUGCCUAGUACGUUUUUGAAUACUAGUGGGUUAUUGAGAACAUUGGGUAUACGACCUCAAGUGAUUAAUGUGCCCCAUGAGAACACUUUGGUGAAGGGUUAUAAUAGAAAACAGGUUGAAGAGGCCAAGGAGAAACACGAUAGGCUGAGGCAGCAUCAGCAGCAGCAGCAGCAGCAGCAGCUACAACAGCUGGAACAGGAGCAGGAGCAGGAGCAGGAACAGAAACAAGAGCAAGGACACGAUCAGGAACAGCAAAAGUAUUUGCCAUUGUCUGAAGAAAAUGUGCUUCAUUUGAGUCACGAGUAUCUUGAUUGA